CACGGGGGGGGGGAGGGGAUACAGGAUUUACCGUCUACUCCCCUUUGAUCCUCACUUCGUUCUACGAAAUGUUUUGCCCGGGUCGGACCCAAUCAGGAGCCCGGGGCCUUUGGCCCCGCCCCCACGUGACUCUUUCAAAACCAGCCCCUUUGUUUGAGCUGCUGUGUGUGCUGAAAGUCCCUGGCAAGAGGAGCCGGUGGCGGCUUCUGGGGGUUGCCUCUGUGCGUCCAGCUCCCCCAUGGUGCAUCCAACUUAUCAUCCCUCAGCCUACUCCCGGUGCAUGCGACUUACCAGCACCCCUGCUGCUGGUGGAUGUAAUUUACUCUCCCACCCAUCCUGCCCCGUGCAUGCAAUUUACCCCCCUCCCGGCAUCCUGCUCCUGCUUGCGGUGCACACUUCCCUCUGCAGCUGCUGUACCCGGUGAGUCCUGGUUGCUGCACCUCCUUCCUCGCCUAGUCGAUCCUGCCCCUGGUGCAUACACUGCCCCCAGUUCUAUUUUUUUCCUAUUCCCGGUGUAUGUACCUCCCCAGGAGCUGCGCCCCCAGUCCCUUCCCCGGUGCAAGCCCCCACCCCCACCCCGCUGAUCGGUGUCGCUUGCCCCGGCGGUCCUCAUGGCCCGCAGAGCUGUGCCGCCCUCCCUCUGGUCCGGGAGCGACCGAGUGCGGAUCGGGGAGCGGCUUCAGGCCAGCCUGGCCGGGAUCCUGGAGCUGGGACUGCUGAGAGAAAUGCAGAAGGGAACCGUGGAGAGCGCCCUGGGCAUCGGGGACCCGGCGGGGGCUGUCCCAGGGGGACAGCGACAGAGUCCAAUAAAACCUGAGCCAGCCCCUCCUCUUGGGGGGAAGCCACGGGGCCCCCCAGCUCCACGUCAGCCAGGAUACAGAUCUGCAAACAUCUCUGGGCAGGGAUGGGGCAGUCUGGGGGCUAAGGAACCACUGCCCCCAGCUAAGCUGGACCGGAGCAAGUCUGAGGACCUGCUGGGCAUCCCUGAGAAGCCAUGUGUCUCCUACUGUUCCUCUGAGGGCAUCGAUGUGGGACGCCAAGCCGGGAACAGGGACAGCAGAACGCCAGCGACGAGCCUGGCCUUGAGAACCACCGGCUCCAGCGAGCAGCUGCUGCUCCCCAAGAGGCCCAGGGCACAGACAGAGCUUAGCUUCACUGCACCAGAGACCUCAGAGGCCGACUCCAGGCCCAGCUCAGGGUUCUACGAGACCAGCGAGAUGGGCUCCCUGUCCAACUCCUCCACGUCCAUGCACAGCGAGUGCCCAGGAGGCUCGCACUGCAGCGUCGGUUCCCUCUCCCACCUCCCAGGCCUACGGGACAGUGGCUGUUCACGGCCACACUCCACUGACGAGGCCACCGUCCGGCUUCUCGACCUCCGGCUGCAGCGGGUAAUGGGACCCAAUGCUCCCAGCAGCCCCCAUGCUGCUGCCAGGAGACCAGUCUCAACAGGGGACCUGGAGUUCCUGCUGAGCCUGGGUGAGCUCUCUCCAGCCUUCCCUCAGCUCCUGCAGUACAAGUGCGACCUGGUGUCCCGCAGCACCAGCGAGAUCUACCACUACCCCAGCCCGCUGCAUGCCGUGGCCUUGCAGAGCCCACUCUUUACCAGUGGCCUGUCCCGAGGCCCAUCCCAGGAGGACCUCAGUGAGCGGGCAGCCAUCCACACUGUGCAGGAGGGCUCUCCCCAGAGUGGGACAGCCCCCUCAGAGGAGCAGCGCCAGGUCCAGCUGGACCGUUACAUCGCCAAGCUGGUGCUGAGGUACAGGUGUCGGUCGGCAGCUAGCCGCACAGAGCCUGGCUACCUGGCAGGGCACCAGAAGAGCCAGUCCAUGUCAUCGGUCUGUGGCUCCCCGCUGGGAGCUGGGCCGCUCCCCGGCUGGAAAAUCCGCAGGCGCAUUUCUACCUGCUCCCACCUCCGCUCUCCAGAGGGGCCCGACAGCUCCCAGGCCCUGGACGGCCCAGGGGGCCGGGGCUCCACUGCCUCCUCUGUGGGGUCCAGCGAGCGUUCAAUGGGGUUGCUCCUGGAGCAGCUCUCGCUGUGCCGGGAGCAGCCAGAGGGAGUUGGCUGGGCCGAGGCCUUGUCCUGUCAUCCCCAUGUGGUCAGGGUCAAGGCCUCCUCCAGGAAGGCCCUUGGCACUGAGCGGGAGCGGCUGUACAAGGGUAAGCAUGCCUCGCGGGAGUUGGUGAAGGCAGGCGAGGGUGCGGAGCGCAGCUGGCUCAGCCCACGGGAGCUGCUUCGCAGGAUCAGCCUCCGGCGCAGGCCAGCUCUCCGGGCAGAGGGCGGGAGCCGCUGCAGCUCAGAGGUGAACGUCCGCACGCCAAGGCCUGUGUAUCGCUGCAGCUCCCAGCACUGCCUGGAGCCCCCGGGCAGACACAAGUGGGCAUCUGUCCUGGAGAUCUCCAGCCAGGCCCUGGGGAGGCCGAAAGCCGAGCCCUUCCCCCCACCAAGCCGCCAGUUGGCCUUCUCCACAGACUCCUGUUUCCCUGAUGGCAGCCAGCUGGAGCUGCAGCCACAGCGGGCUGAGGGCAGCAGUGCCUCCAGCCUCAGUGAGGUGGAUGCUGUCAGCCUGAAUGGGGAUUGGCGACUGCGGCAACUGGGCCCACCCAGGGCCCGCCCGCUCCAUGCCUCUGCCACACUGGAUUCCAGCAACCUGGCCAUGGCCAGCUUCAAACUACACAGGACCCGCUCCUUCAAGGAGCUGAAGAGGAUGGUGAGCCGUUCCCUCAGGCCUCUGGCUCCCAAGGCCAGCGGAGCCUCCAAGUGACCUCCUCUGGCUGCAGGCUGCUCCCAAAAACCCUGUGGCAAAACCCCCAGCUAGCCCCAUCCUUUGGGGGGGACCCCGUUUACUGGGACUGCCUCCUCCCCACAGUCUCUUCACCGUCCCCUCUUCAUGUCUCUUCUCUGUGGUAGACAGCUGACUGGAAUUGGCAGGGCCUGGUGCUUCACCCACCCUGAUCGCCGACAAGUUGGGGAGGGGAUUUAGAAGCAGCCCCUGCCCAACGCUGGCAGAGCUGCAGUGACAAGGCUGGCACAGGGGCACCCUCUCCCUACAGUACGAACAGGCCAGAGCAGCCUUCUCCCUGAGAGGCAGGAAGCUUGAAAUGGCCCCCCAACUUCUAAGGGUGGGAUGGGGCAGGAGUCACACUGGGCUCUAGGGACUGUAUCUGGGCCCCUAGUGUGGGCUUGAAAUCAAAUGUUCAACAGGUACCAUAGGCCCCUCCGUCUCCCAUAACCUAGGUGUGUCUAGGUGCUGUUGUCUGCCCAGCUGCAGCAGGCAGGCGUUCUGUGUAGGAGGAGCUGCCUGGGUCUGGCUGCACCAAGGAGCCUCAAUUGCUGGUGUCAAUUCUAAGUGAAAAAAUAAAAAUAAAAAAUGAAUGUGAA